AUGGCCAGAGCGCAAACUCCUGUGAAGGUAGAGCCACCGACAAACGUUGAAGAAGCGGUAGAACAUGAAGCAGAAGACGAGGGCGAAACUCGGUGUCUCUGCGGCGAAAUCGACCCUCCUGACGAUUCAGGACUGUAUAUUCAAUGCGAACAAUGCAGUGUAUGGCAGCAUGGUUUUUGUGUCGGCAUUACUGAGGGAGAAGACAGUGCUCCCGACAAGUACUGGUGCGAACAGUGCAAACCCGAAUUGCACAGUCUUUAUACAACCGAUAUGGGCCAACGGAGGUCCAUGUACAAGCCAGUCCAGCAACACAAGCGUCAAAGUAGACAUUCGCGUCGCGAGGAAGGAUCUCAACCGGAAUCGAACGCGGAAGACACCGGAGACCCGUCUUCGCAAACUGGAGCCCCUGGAGCUGUAGUCAUUGCAGCAACAACAGAGAGCUUGGCAUCGCCCGUCAAGCCGAUUCCAGAAAACAAGACCCAUAAACGUCAGCGACAGGGCAGGAAACGGAAUGGACAGGAUGUUAAACCCGAACCCGAAGAGGACCGACGCGCGCUCGACAGACGACGCGCAACGUCGUAUGCGCGUGAAGAAAAGCAAUAUCAACUUAUGCUUGAAAAAGCUCUCAAAGAGAGUCGAAGAACGUCUCAGCAGGACGACAUCGUCUCAGAGCUCAUACCCGAAGAGUCUCUGGAAGAACCAGGGACAGAAGAUACAAUACAAGAUGUGCAGAAAAGACGGCCCAAGAUGGCAACCGCUACCCACACGGCAUCCGCGUCGUCCUCCGAAGAAGAUUCUCGACGCAAAGGCCGGAGAGGACCUCACAGAGGCAAAGCUAGAAGCUCGUCGCAGGCGACUUCAGCAGACGCAGCGCGUGCAUCAGAAAUUGGCAUUAACAAAUCUAUAAAGCCACGCAUCCCAUCCCAAAGAACAACUAUGAAGGAAAUGCGAAGGCGUGUGAGUGCCAUCUUAGAGUUCAUCUCCAGAACUCAACUCGAGCUUUCUCAGGAACAACUUGAAAAAACCCAGCUCUUAGAAUUCGUCGACAACGCGGAAUUUGUCAAGCGCGUUGACAACAUCUACGACAAAUGUGACGACAGUUUGAAAUUCAUGGACGAUCUCACCAGAAAGCUCUUGUUUUGGGAAAAAAGGUAUUCAACAGAAAUGAUAGCAUUAGGCCAAAAUGAUUUUAGUGCGCAAGUUCUCUCGGAGACAGGCGAAUGA